AUGAGUGACCAUAGUCGAAAAUCCUCAUUCGAGGAGGAUGACCUGAAAGACUCAAUUGAACAUGUCGAGUCUAUGAACGUCCAAAAUCUCGACACGAUCGAGUCAACCCGCUGCAGCAAAUACGCCUGGCUAGUCUCGAUUACCGCUGGCGUUGGUGGUUUUCUAUUCGGCUAUGACACUGGCAUUAUUUCUUCAAUUCUCGUCGUGCUAAACGAUGAUCUGGGGCAGUCUCUGAACAGCAGUACAAAGGAGUUGAUCACGUCAAUUACAUCGGGUGGCGCCUUCGUGGGUGGCGUGGUAGCUGGAUUAUGUGCAGAUCGAUACGGACGAAAAUUAGGAAUCUAUAACGGCUGCAUUCUCUUCAUUAUCGGGGCUAUCAUUCAAGCUACCUCCUUCUCUAUCGCUCAGAUGACCGUUGGCCGUUUGAUCGUGGGACUGGGCGUUGGUUCCGCCGCAAUGAUUGUUCCACUAUACAUAGCUGAAGUAGCACCCGCCAAAUAUCGUGGGCGUAUGAUCAGUCUAGACAACCUCUCCAUCACCACCGGCCAACUCAUCAGCUACGGCAUCGGUGCUGCCUUUGCCAGCGUCAGUGCCGGAUGGAGAUACAUGGCAGCUAUCGGUGCCGUACCGGCCAUAAUCCUCUGCGCCCUGCUCCCGUUCUGUCCCGAGUCACCGCGACAACUAGUCUACCAUCAUAAACCAGACGAAGCAGCCAAGGUCAUUGCAAAGAUCUUCCCGGAUGGAGCCCCACUACAGGUGCAACAGAAGGUGCAGCACAUAACGAUCCACGUUGACCAGACACGAAACGAAGACAAGAGUCUCUGGUGGCAGAUCAAACAGCUUUACGUGGUCCCUGCCAAUUUCCGGGCUAUGUUUGCAGCAUGUGGCCUCAUGGCAAUUUCUCAACUCGGCGGAUUCAAUUCAAUCCUCUAUUACUCGGGAACUCUCUUCGCUGCCGUGGGCUUUGACAAACCCAUCGCUGUGGGAACCAUCAUCGCAGCAACAAAUUUCAUUUUUACCUGGAUCAAUCUGCUUCUAGUCGACCGCGUCGGUCGUCGCCAGAUCCUCCUCCAUACACUAUGGGUGAUGGCCGCUGCGUUAGCAGUCGCAGCAAUUAGUUUCCACUGGAUCCCCCUCAACCACAACCUUGAACUCACCUCGCACAAGAAUGGCUGGGCUGCUGAUAUCGUCCUCGUUUGUAUGGUCGUAUUCGUGGCAUUCUACUCCGCCGGUGCAGGCAACAUCGCCUGGAUGUCCUCUGAAUUCUACCCGCUCGAAGUCCGCGCUGUAGGCACGAUGAUGCUUACUAUGAGCUGCUGGGGCUCGAAUGUUAUCGUGUCCUCUACAUUUCUGACACAAAUGGCAAAUACCACGCCAUCAGGUGCAUUCGGUUUCUACGCAGCGGUGUGCUUUUUCGGCUGGAUUGGAGUGAUUUUCUGUUACCCGGACGUCAAGGGCAUGACGCUAGAGGAUAUCCGGGAAGUCUUUCAACAUGGUUUUGGAGUCAAGUAUGCGCGUGAUCUCCAGCGCGAGGCCAAACAGAGUCGCAAUGCUGCGAGAGAGAACGUGGGGGUCGCAAGGGAGGUUUGA